GAGCUGCGGGCGGAGAUGGAGGAGAUGCGUGACAGCUACCUGGAGGAGGAGGUCUACCAGCUGCAGGAGCUGCGGAGGGAACUGGACCGAUCCAACAAGAACUGCCGCAUCCUGCAAUACCGCCUACGAAAGGCCGAGCAGAAGAGCCUGCGGGUCGCACAGACCGGCCACGUGGACGGAGAGCUGCUGCGUAGUCUAGAGCAGGACCUGAAGGUGGCCAAAGAUGUGUCGGUGCGUCUGCACAAUGAGCUGGAGAGCGUGGAGGACAAACGCAGCCGAGCCGAGGACGAGAACGAGCUGCUCCGACAAAAGAUCAUCGAGGUGGAGAUUUCCAAACAGGCGCUGCACAACGAGCUGGAGAGGACCAAAGAGACUGCUCUGAGGAGACGAGGAAGCAGGGAAACAUUUAAAGACAAGAAAUCCACAAGUCAGGAGGACAGUGCAGACCUCAGGUGCCAGCUCCAGUUCGCCAAGGAGGAGUCCAGCCUGAUGAGGAAAAAGAUGGCGAAGCUGGGCCGGGAAAAGGAUGAACUGGAGCAGGAGCUGCAAAAGUACAAGUCUGUCUACGGAGACGUGGACAGCCCCCUUCCUCUGGCUGAAUGCUCUGGCGGGGGCCCUCAUACCACUCGAGAGGCUGAGCUGCGCUUACGGCUCAAGCUGGUGGAGGAAGAGGCUAACAUCCUGGGCAGAAAGAUUGUGGAGCUGGAGGUGGAGAACCGCAGCCUGAGGGCAGAAAACGAAGACAUCCGGUGUCAGUACGAAAGGGACUGCUUCGGGCGAGAACCCUUCUCCAGCAUGCCCUCGUCGCCGUAUGGCGGUGACACGCUGGAGUCAGCCAGUGAGCUACGUCGCCAUCUCCAGUUCGUGGAGGAGGAGGCUGAGCUGUUGCGCCGCUCCAUCUCAGAGAUUGAGGACCACAACAGGCAGCUGACAUCUGAACUCAAUCGCUUCAAAUUCGGCCCCAGCAGCAGCUCUGGGCCUGUUGGAGAGGAAGGUAGUGAAGGAGGACUGUUUAAACCUGGGAAUGGGGGUAACGGAAAUGGCUCCAGUAGCGGGAUGAUGAUGGAGGAGCUAAAGUCAGCCAGGAUGCAGAUCAAUGAGCUGAGUGGAAAGGUGAUGAAGCUGCAGUACGAGAACCGCGUUCUCAUGUCAAACGUCCAGCGCUGUGACCUUGCUGCACACCUUGGCCUGCGCACUGGCAGCCCUCGAGAGAGCGAUGCAGAGAGUGAUGCGGGCCGGCGAGAGGCUGCUGAGGACGAGGAGACAGGGCGUCUUCUUCUUCUCCAUCCCAAGAGAGAGGGCCCUAUAGGAGGUGAGAGUGACUCUGAAGACAUGUUUGAGAAAACAACAACCACCUCAGGGUUCGGAAGCAUCAAACCCUCAGAUGGCAGCGAGCUCAGCGCCACCGAGCUGGCGAAUCGCAGGAGGGAAGAGCGGGAGUCAUUCAGUAAUGUGAAACGAGAGGCAGAAAGGCUCGGGAAGACGGUUGACCGACUGAUCACGGACACUGACAGUUUGAUCUUUGAGGGCAGGCUGCUGGUGACGACAGGAGAGAGCCUGGAGGGAGUGGCGGCACCUGGAUCCAAACCAGACACCCAGGUCCUGGACACCAUCAACACUCGCAUGAAGGCUUUCCGCACUGAGUUACACAUCUUCAUGGAGAAGUUGGACCAUGUAGGGGAGGGGCUGAGAGAAAGGACAGACGAUCUAUCACCCAUGCCAAACCUCACAGAGUCCAGCAGCUUCCUGUCCACAGUCACCUCCAUGUCCCGUGACUCUCCCAUUGGCACCUUUGGAAGAGACCUGGUGACUGACUUCCAGUCCGGUCAGAGGGAUGAGCUGGAGUGGCGUCUAGGACAGGAGCGAGGCGUGGAGCCCCAGAGCCAGAGCCAGGGUGGGGGCCAGGCCCAGAGCAGGGGAGCCACGGGACUCACUAGGUACCACAGGCCCCUGGCUUUAAGAGCAGAGCUCCGGGACACGCCGGCCUCUGACAUCCAGUUUCGUCUGGAUCACGAACGAAGGCUGAGGGCAGCGACAGAGGAACGGGAGGCUGUCGUCUCUCUGCCUCAGGAAGAUGACCUUUUGCGUCUAGAGGCCCAGCGUGGCGGUCUGGAGCUGCAGGGACUUCAGAGUCACGAGGUGCCCUGGGCCCAGGAGAGGGCCGCGCUGCAACAAGAGCUUCGCCUGUUCAGACGCAACACCAUCAUCUUCUACGUGAAGCUCAGGUGGAUCCUCAUGCACUGGAGGCUCAGCCGCAAGGACGACUCCGGAGAGGAGACGGUGCACCCGGAGUUUGAGAAGUUGGAGGGCAUCCCAGAGUUGGGAGAGAUAAUGGAUCAGGCGGAGGGGGACCCAGAUCGCGACGACAGACUGUGUUUGGCACAAACUCCAGGGGACGUCCUGGACCCCAGGCCAAUCAUCCCUCUGCCGUCACCUGAUCAACACCUGCAGCAUCAAAGACAGUUUGGGGAGAACCGUCGGGUGCUGCAGGCCCUGCGGACGCUGCUGGAGGAGUUUCGGGAGGAGCUGCAGGAGGAGGAGGCGCGGCGAGGGCAACUGCAGCAGUCCUACGCCAAUGACAAAGCCGCCUGGGAGGUUAAGUGGGCAGAGAUGAAGUGCCAGGUUGCCCAGUUGGAGGAGGAGGCACGAGGCAAGGUGCGAGGUGAAGCACAGGGAGUUGAAGGGGAACCAGCCGGAGACCCCGAGUGGGCCUUGAAGCAGGAGCGUGAGGAACACCAGCGGCUGCUGGCCGAAAGCCACAGCACCUCCUUGGACCUCCGCUGGAAGCUGCAGCACGGAGAGAAGAGGUGGAGCCGCGAGAGGGCAGAGCUCUUGGAGCGCUUCGACCAGGAGCGACAGGAGUGGGACGGCAGCAUGAGAGAGCUCCACCGCAAGAUGGAGAGGAUGCAGAGAGAGCUGAACAGCCGGCGAGGCGAGGGCAUCGACGUCAAAGACGGCAGCUCGGGCCACAAAGGCGCGUUCUCUCCUCAUGACAGUCCCUGUCACGCCCCCCGGUCGCCUCGCUCCCCACGCUCCCCACGCUCACCCUGUACGUCCACCCCUGUCCUGGCCCCCGCCACACGCUCUCACUCUGACUCUGAGGCCAUGCUGGAGGAGCAAGGGGCUGCAAUGAGGCUGAAAGGUCCAACGGAGAACCUCUUCCUGGACGCUUUGUCUCUGGACCCCCUCAGCGGCCUGGAGGUCCCUCCAGCCUCCAGGCUGGAGAGUGAGAAGAGGUUCCCCUGCAUGAAGGAGGCCCUGAAUGAGAUUUUGGAAAGAGAAGGUGCUCCUGCGUACCCAGAGGAGGAAAUCAGCGGUGGGAGUCUGCUCAGAGCCAAGUCAGUGUGCUCCAUGAGUGACUUCCAGAGGUUGAUGGACAGCUCGCCUUUCCUCCCCGACAAAACUCGCCAUGGGGAUCAGGGCCAGGACGAUGUGACUCCUCCUCUGUCCCCAGAUGACCUCAAGUACAUUGAGGAGUUCAACAAUAAGGGCUGGGACUUCCCAUCAUCCACGUCUGGCCCGGUCCCUGCCCGGGAGGUGUGGAUAGACAAAACCUCCGAGCCCCGGGGAGGGGAGCCCGUUCCUGAUCCAUUCCAGCCAGCCUCCUGGUUCCUCACCACCAGCGCCACAUUGACCACCAGCACCCUGAGCAGCCCUGAGCACUGCCACAAGUCCCCGCUGAGGGGCAAUGGAGCAGGGGCGGCAGGGGUGGGAGUGGAGCACUAUGGAGUGCACAUCCUCCACAGCCCCACCAGACCUGGGGCAGCUGAGCGCCCCACUGCCCAAGACCCGGACUUCAUGUAUACCAAGGGGACCAAAGCUAGGGGUGGAGGAGAGGCUGGGGUGGGAGCCGGCGGGCCAGAUGAGGUGUUUAGUAGUGGGAGGUGGCCAUGUGGUCUUCUGGAGGGUGGGGGGCUGAUGACUUCCCCUAGUCAAUCUCCUAUCUGCCCUACGGUAGGCUACGCCUCCUCUCUGGAGCUUCAGCUUUCCAGAAACAUGAGUGACGACAUGAAGGAGGUGGCCAUCUCUGUGAGGAAUGCCAUCCGCUCUCCACCAGGGCCUGUUGUCCGGGAAACUGCCUGCCAGACCAACGGAUUCACCACACGAGGCACUCAGACCACCCAGACCAUCAGUGUGGGUCUGCAGACGGAUUUGCUGAGGAACCUGACCAGCAGCCCCCACCGCUGCCUCACCCCAAAAGGUGGCAGCACGCCCAUCUCUUCCCCGUCACGUAGCCUGAGGAAGGUUCAGUACUCCCCUGUGGUCCAGAGCAAGUUUGAAAGACCCUGUUGCUCGCCAAAGUACGGCUCACCCAAACUUCAGCGCAAACUGUCUACGACCAAUAAGACCGACCUACCCAAUACCAGCCGCGCCCCCACCCCCACCACACCCCAGAAGGGCAACAAUGAGUCGGCAUGGGCCCGCUCCACCACCACUCGCGACAGCCCCGUCCACACCACCAUCAAUGACGGUCUCUCCAGCCUCUUCAACAUCAUCGACCACACCCCCGUGGUCUAUGACUCCAUGCAGAAGUUCAACAAGUCCCCCAGUCGCUCUCGCCCCACCCCGCCCUCCACCACUGAGCCCAGCCCUGCCCACGGGGCUCUCGCCACGGACCCCAGAAACGUCCAGGAGUGCUUGCGGACUGCUCGAGGGCGCUCACCCAGCCCUGUGCAGCUGAUAGUGGAGACGCAAGGGGACAAAAAUCCGGAGGUGGUGAGCAUACGGCAGGACCUGUCGGCCCCACCAGGCUACACGCUGGCUGAAAACGCAGCCCGGAUCCUCAAUAAGAAGCUGCAGGAGCAGAACUUUAGAGAGGAGAGGAGGCUGCAGGCUGGAGGACAGAGCAGCCACGGCAGCAGGCAGACCGACUCAGACAGAGGACAGUCUGGAUGUAUGGAGGACCUGCCUCGCUCUCCGGUGGCUCCGCCCCUGGACUCCUGCUUCCUGAGACCGGCCCGCCCGGCUAACCGCAGACCCCCCUCGCGCUGGGCCGCCCGCUCUCCCUCCUCCUCCCCCAAGUGGAGCGAGGGCUCGAAGAGGAGGUUCACCUUCCCGCCGCCGGGACACCGGAAGACCAUCCUGGAGGACGAGGAGCUGGCAUGA